AUGAAUGCAGGAAGUUCCUUUCUGAAAUUACCAAACAGAUUGAUUAAUUUCCGAGUCGCUAGCAGACAAGCAUCUUUCGUUCCUUCAGCAAGAGAUGGCAUAACGGAUCUGAGAAAGUUCUUUCAAAGAAUUGGUCGUAACACUGAGCAGAAGAUUGAUGGAAAAAUAAAAACCUGGGAAGAACUGUUCACCAAGAGCACCAGAGACAUGAAAGAAGAUGGUUUAGAUGUACGUACGCGAAAGUAUAUUGCAAACCAACGUAAUCGGUUUAUCCAAGGCUACAAUGUUGCAUCUUACCCAACAAUGAAAAAGAAAAAAGGAGGAGAGAGGCGUUCGUAA